AUGAGAGCCAGACCGAACCUCGGAGAACUGCUGCUAUCUUCUGUCUCGUUCUCUCCAUCAGACGCCUGCGAACUCACACUGGACCCAAACACAGCAAACAGAAAACUCAUACUGUCAGACUACAACACAAAGGUGACAGUGGGGAGAGAGAAACAGCCAUAUCCUGACGAUCCAGAGAGAUUUGACUACUGGAAACAGCUGCUGUGUACUGAUGGUUUGACUGGUCGCUGUUACUGGGAGGUGGAGUGGACAGGAAAGGUUUACAUAGCAGUGACUUACAGAGGAAUCAGAAGGAGAGGAGAAAGUGACGACUGCUGUCUUGGAAGCAAUGAUCAGUCCUGGAGUCUGAGCUGCUCUGGUGCUGGUUACUCUGGCCUGCACAGUAAAAGGAGUGUGUCCAUCAGUAUCCCUCCCUCGAACAGAGUGGGAGUGUACCUGGACUGGCCUGCCGGCACUCUGUCCUUCUACAGAAUCUCCUCUGAUAAACUGACCCUCCUUCACACCUUCUACGCCACAUUCACCGAGCCGGUCUACCCUGCCUUCAGGAUUAAGAUGGACCCCUAUAACUCGUCAGUGUCUCUGUGCUAGAUCUAGUAAAACGUAGUCUCCUUUUCUCUUUCUGAGUUGUUUUUUGGCCGCUGAGUAUAAAUAAAAUCUUUUUGUAGCAGUGGACAAGAGAUUAGGUAGAAUACGUCAGUGGUGACAAAGACUAACACACUGAGUGAUAGUCAGCUAAUGCCUGCCAUCAGUAAGUGCUCUAUUUCCCGAAGCGUAUUUUGCUAUAUUUUAGAAACACUUCUGCUGUUUUCUAUAGAGCCCCAAAGUGUUAAAUAAAUAUAUAAAAGAUG